UAAUAAUAUUAAUAGACGAAUCUUCUAUAAACUCUAAGUAAAUGGAGUUAUGGAGCAAGAACAAUUCAUACAAUUGGAAGUAUGUCGCAUUUGUGUAAAUUGUUUUCCACUUGCCGAAAUGGACUUCAUCAGUAUUUUCGAUAUUAAUGAGGAAUUUUCCAAAGAGUUAUUAUUCAUUCAACAAGAGAUUAACACAUGGGAAAUAAAUAUAUCACCAGGUGACGGCUUACCACAGAGAAUGUGUGCAAACUGUUUUUCCAAAUUUCGCAGUAUUGAAACUUUUCGCCAAGAAUGUUGGGAGGCUCAACAGAAGCUUUUGCAAACUUUAAUACAACCCAAUGAUAUAGGAUUCGCGAACUCUAGCGAUAAUCUUGUACAAAACGAAAAAUGUUCACAUUUGUUUAGCAAUUUAGAACAUAACGAAUCUCAUCAAUUGUUGACAAGUGGACAAAAUCCAAUCCCAUUGCAUGAGUAUUCUGAGUAUGAAGGUAACUUUUCUCAACUCAUGGACUCUUCGUCGAUGAUGUUACCAAAUGAUAUAAUGGACUCGACCAACGAGUUGGAUUUCAUAGCACCUACUGAAGCAGAUUUAUGCUCACAUACAACAGCCAACCCAUCUGCCAAUUCUCUCUAUUUAAACGAAAGUGGACUUAAAACUGAAAGUGUGGAACCUGAAACGAUCGCUAAGACGGAAGUGACACAAGUCAUCACUGAAGAUUUUGAGGCACUAUUACAGCAUAGUAUUAUUCCCAAUAAAAGCAAAAAUGAUUGUGUAAAUAUAAACGAGGAAGCAAGCCAAAAAGUAAUUGAAAAAAAUAAAGUAACUAUUCAAAAGGUUGAAGUUUUGACAGAACCCAAUACAAUAAUGACUUCUAGUAAUGAUUGUUGGAAUUCAGAUAAUGAAUGUGAUGACCCUAAAGUGAAUGAACGGUUACUUGGUAUAACCUUUGCCUGCUAUUAUUGUUAUUGUCCUGACGUCGGCGCAAUAGGGCAUAUAAUAUUUGCCAAUGAUGAAGAUCUCUCAGAACAUUUUUUCAUUGUACAUGACCCGAAUCGCCCUUACAAUUGCCCCGAUUGCACGCUGACAUAUAAAACCCAAAACAUGCGCGACAAUCAUUUUCGUUUGCAACAUUUAAAUAAUCAGGGGCGCGAAUGUAAUUUUUGUCAUCAGCCCGUGGAUCCAUUACCUGGUCAACAUAUUAAGCAUCAAUUGCAAUGUCUAUAUGUGGGCGACUGGGAAUGUGAUAAUUGCAAACAGAAAUUUUUGUGCACAAGUCUUGCACGUUUUCGAUUGCAUCAACUAAGCCAUGACCCAAUAAAGCAAUUAAAGUGUACUUUAUGCGAUCGUAACUUCUUGCGCCGUGCUAAUUUAGAAGCUCAUCAGGAAACUCACGCGGAUGAUAAUUUGCUCCCAUAUAAUUGUCAUGAGUGUGCGAAAGGCUUUUCUAACGAAUAUAACUUGAAAUAUCAUAAAUAUGUGCAACAUAAGGGCGAUAUUCCUGCUAAAUGUGAAUUUUGUCAUAAAGGCUUCGUCUCACUUUCGUAUCUACAGCGUCAUAUUCGCAAAACACAUUUUAAGCAAUCUUCAGACCAAGAUAUCUCCGCACUUUUACGAUGUCCCCGGUGCGAAGGUCACUUUGAGACCUUACAACAGCUUUGCUUGCAUAUGCAACAAUCCAAAGAUCAAAGCGGUAAAUGCAUUGACUUGCCAGUUAAUACUUUAAAGCACAACAACAAAAGACGCCAACAAGGUCAAGGCAGUUACAUGUGUCCAAAUUGUCCACGACGUUUCAGAGUGAAAACACAAUUUCAAAGGCACGUCAGUGCACACGAUCCCACGAAUUCGAAAUCCUUUCAGUGCCAAGAAUGUGAGGCUCAUUAUAGUAGUGCAUGGCAUCUCGAGAAACAUGUUAGGAUGGCUCAUGUGAAUACAAACACUUACGUUUGUGAAGAAUGUGGUAAAUGUUUUGCUUUUAAGAAAGAUUUAAACGAUCAUAAGUUGUACCAUACGGUUGAAUUGCGUGAUGUUGAUGUGCAAGCAAUACGUGAUAUGAAUACAGAAUCGUUAAUGAAUGGCAUCGAUAUACCAGAACUGAAGCAUAAUUUUAUUAAUGAAAAUCAUAUCAUUAAUGAUAACGAUGACAAUGAUAUAAAUCACAAUCAUUCUUCUGGGAAUUACAAUGAUUUAAGUCAACUACCUUUUAAUAUCAUAGAUCGGAGCAUAGAAGAAGUGACCGAAAUUGCUCCAACAACUACAAAUGACGCCCUUACCAUGCAUUCUUCGGAUGACCAAAUGAUGAUGGAUUAUGUUAUCGACAACAGUUGUAUAAAUUUUGCGCAUUCAUCUAAUGAUAACAUAAUCAAUGGCAUUAUCCAAAAUGAUCUAAACAUAUCCGGUAAUCACGCGUACUUAUUGCCUUCGACAUCCAGCAACAGUCAUGGUCAGCUUGAUCAAUACUUCAUGUCCUCUUUAUUGGAUACCGAACAAGAAGUUACAGUUGCCUAGUAGUUCAUUUUGCUUUCGGUUUUACCACCUUUGGUUGAAAAUUUUCUUUAGUGAGAUUAAGAAUGUAAAAUGUGAAAAAAUAUUUUAAAAGAAUUCAUGAAUAACUUGCAAAUAUUGUCACGUAAGUAUCCGAAAUCGCGCGAUAGUACAAAUGAUAGUAGGAAUAAAAAAGGAUACUGAUCGAUUUAUUGAGCCAUCCACAAAUCGCAACCGUUUGGUGACGGAUAUUUAAGAUGCGUAUAAUCAAAAGCGAAUAAAGCGCUCUUUUUUACGUGUUACUUAGAAUGUUUACAUUUAAGAUAUACGUUUGUUUUACUAAAAAUUAUUGAAUUAUGGAGAAAAUUUCAAUUCUUACUUUUUUGGAGUAUUUUUCUUCGUUCUUAUU